GUAAAGCUCGAAGUUCAAGGAUUUUUACAUGUCUAGCCCAGCUCAAUAAAUUGAUUAACUCGAGCGUGACUAUAUUGCCCGACUGGCCUCACAGAACUGCAUGGCAUCCCGUGCAGUUCUACCCGUACCCGUUUGCUUAAAUAGAUCUGGUUUCCUGUUUCUUUUGUCCUGUUACAACUGAAAACUGGCGUUUUUCCACCCAAAGACAGAACCACGACACGACAGCCCGCAGCGCAGACGCCGUGACCGGGGCUCGCGUUGAAUGGAGGCGGAGAGCUGUAAGCCUACCUUAGGCGCUAAACAGACACACGAGAAGAGACUUCCCUGGUCUUUUCUACUUGGGUCGGCAAGUUCGAAUCAUCCUCAGAGACAGUGGGCCGUAUUGUGUGGGUGUUGUUUGAGAGUCGUUUUGGGGGAUCGGAGAGAUGGCCGAGGGGGAGGACGAUCCCAUCUCUCUCUUGGAUAGAUUCGGCGAGGAGUAUCUAAACUGCUCCAUUUGUCACGAUCGCUACAAGCAGCCCAAGAUACUCAACUGUCUGCAUAGCUUCUGCGAGGAAUGCUUGCUCAGGUAUCAACCCUCCCAGGGCCCAGUCAAGCUCAGCUGUCCAGUCUGCAGGCAGGAGACGGUGAUCCUAGAGGAUGGCGUCGCCGGACUGAAGACCAACUUCCCCCUGAGGGGGAUGGUGGAGGCUUUCCAGAAGCAGGAGAAGAUCCUGGCUAGCGGCAGGUCCUCACCUGCUGUUGGCGAGCAGAGCCAGACCUCAGUGCCUCAUCGCAGUGUCUGCGAGUGUAGGAAACACGACGGGGAGAGGACCUGGUUCUACUGCGAGACAUGUCAGGAGUUAGUCUGCCGCGUCUGCACUACCAAGACGCACCGUGAGCAUGAGUUCCAGGAGAUCGACGUGGCCGCCGUCUCGUGUCGAGAGUCUCUCCGUGGACUCUUCCCACGCGUUGAGGAACUGCGCGCUGGCGUGGAGGAUGCACUGCAGGCCGCCAACACCACGAAGGGGGUGGUAGUCUCGGCAGCUGAGAGAAGCAGGCAGGAGGUGACCGAGCGCGCGCUGGCCGCCGUAGCUUUGGUAAUGGAUGCCAAGCAACGCAUCCUGGAUGAGAUCAACUCGACUGAGACGGAGCGGGUUAAGGCAGUGCAGGAGCUAACCAAGGGUCUGACGGUGGUCAGGGAUAAACUGCGGCACUCCCUGACUGUCUCAGAACACCUGGCGUCCAGCGCAACGGACGAGGACCUGCUGUCUCUCUACCCGAUCAUCCGGGACGAUUUGAAGGAGCUCAGAGAUCGUCCAGCAACACACCCAUCAUCCCAAGGCUUUUUUAUGAGAUUGCUGUCGGCCACAGAGCCGACGGUGGUGGAUCUCGGGACAUUGGUCGUCGACGUCGAGAGGUGGAAAAUGACAAAGAAAGUGGGGAAGCGUGGCACUGACAAGGAGGACUUUGACGGCGCUAGAGGAGUGACAGUCUGUCCUGACGGGGGAAUAGCUGUGGCCGAUAUGGGCUUAUGGACCAGAGGCAUCACUGUCUUCGCGUCUGAUUGGACUUACGAGACCUUUAUCAAAUUUGCAGAUACACCAAGGGAUGUAGCUUCAGUCAACAACUGCCUUGUAGUUGCAGACAACACCUGCAAUGUCAAAGUCUACGAUGCUCGACGAUCCCAGGCCUUUCAGUUUGUGACGACUCCGAUGGAUAUCGAUGCCCAGACACCGGUCAACAUUGUCAGCGUCGCGGUCAGAGAGGACGGGACUCUCUUGGUCGGGGACGUCGAGCGGCGCGUUGUCACCGAGCAUCGGCCCACUGACGGUAGACUGCUGCACACCAUCCCAACGAAUGUGCCUCCGUACUUCCUGGACGUGGGCCCGGAGGGGAGGCUGCUUCUGAGCGGACUGGACACGGGGGAAGUGGAGGAGAUCUCCGGCGAAAGCAAAUCGAUAUUCACGGUGAGACCGGUGAUAGCGAGCGGGGACCAAGUGUCCUGCCGAGGGGUUUGCUACGGCAAGGAUGGGAGCUUUUACGUAGUCGUACAUGGGAAGGAAUCGAACAUCGGCCACAUCCAUAAGUACAGCUCCACUGGCGAAUUCCUUGGGUGCGUGGCCCAGGAUUUGUACGACCCUAACGGCAUCGCACUGACCGCGCAGGGUGAGCUUGCUGUAGCUGACUGUUUCUCGGUCAAGGUUUACGCGAGAAUGUCAAAUGAGAGCAUGUAACUUUGGGUUUAAUUAUUUUCCGUAAUUUGCAGGCACUGUCCUCUCGAGAAGUGAAAAGAAAACGAAGCUUUGAUACUUUGACCGCAACGCGUCUCCAUCGCGGUCAUGAAAACUAAAUGUAGGCCCUAUUCAUACAAAUCUAAAUGCGUGUACCAGGAAGGAUGACGUCAUCUGACAUACUUUGCAGAAUUCGUGAGAGAGGUAACAGGUACAAUUGGAAUGUUGGUGUAUAAUCAGAUUUUUCUCUCAUAUGGUUUGGGGACCUUUUGGUGGGAGAUUUUGCCGGAAUGUAUCGAUCGGCAUUUGGUACAUGUAUUUGGCAGAUCUUGUGUUUUUGAAAUAACAUACUUGUCACUUGUUGCCGUUGUUGGGAAAGUGACCUUCGCAUGUUGCGGAUGUUGUUUAAAAACUUGACUCUACCAAACAUGAAUUCUUUUGUACCGUAUUUUUUGUAUAGUAGGUUAAAAAGUACUGAUCAUAUAGGCCUAUGAGGGUUUAUAGGCAAUAUAUUAACGUGAUAGAUUUGUGGGAAAACAAAACCAGUUAGCAGUUGAUGAUCAGCAGGCAGGUUUUUUUCUCACCGCAGAUUCUGGCAGAAAUACUCAGAUCCAUUUCAUGAUAAUAUGUUCAGGAAAGAGCAGCCUUUAUCUGUAGAAUUCCCAAUUUCUCAUUUAUCUCAGCGGCAAGGUACAUGUAAUUUUAAAGUGAACACACGCGUCUUCAAAGUAAAAUAUCAAAGUUGUCCGUCGUUCCAUAAUUUCAAUAGCCAACGCUGAAACACGAAUGGACCUUCGGGGCUUUCAUACAAAGUGAAGAGAAAGCACGACACGUUCUAACUGUAUAAGUAACUCAUCAGACCUAAGUUAAAAUUCACUAUUAUCGGCAUCGCCAAAAGAAAAAGAUAAAAUCAUCAUCAAGCCAAGAAAGUCCUCUUUUAUACAACGUAAGUUAUAGAAAUACCGCCAGCUGACAUUUUAUGUUAUGAAAAUUCGAGUGUUCUGUCUGGACUCACUUGUUUAAACGAGUUUUGCGAGAUGUGAGUGGGUAUUUUGGAGCUACUUCGUUCUGAUUGGCACCGAUCCCUUACCCCCUAGGGUGUAUGUAAAAUCAUAAUCGGAGGAUCUGGGACUGUUAAGGUUAAGUUUUCAUUUGAAAGUUAUAACUACGUGAGGGCCCGCUCACACUUCUUGUCGCCAAGGCCAUUCUUGCGCUUGCGUGCAUAAUUAUGAAUUCAUUAGUAAGAGGUCUGUACCGAGAUAUAUAUGCAACCAUACGUAUAUAGCUCCUGUACCGCAACGUUCCAUCUCUGUGGUUCAGUGUUACUACAAUACUAAGUAUUGACUGUUUCGAUGUCCUGUGCGUUUGUGUGAAUUGGCAUGUGUAUUUAGUCCAAACCAUUCAAAUUCUGUUGGUCGAUGCGACUCUCGAACAUCACCAGGCUGAAUCGGGGGUAGCUAUUAUCUUUUGAAACAGGUUUCGUUCACUCAGUGGUAGAGCACGCAGUCACUGGAUUUUAUAUCUCGUGAAUCUUGUGAAUGUUUAGCUGCAAAAUCGAAUUUACUGUAUAGUUAUUUUUGCUGCACUGAUGUAAAGAAUUCACAGAUAUUUUCUCUAUCUUAGCACAGAAUAUGCGGAAAUUAUUGAACUUCCAUGCUGAAAUUUUAAUGCUAAUAAAUACAAUGUGGCUAUCAUUUUGAACUUUGA